AUGGAUAUUAUUAUACUAACUGAAACUUGGUUACAUUCUGGUAUUUCGUCAAGUGAAUUAUUUCUUAACCAAUUUAAUGUUUUCCGAUGUGAUCGUCAGUAUAGCAAAGGUGGUGGUACUCUGAUUGCUGUUAAUACUACAAGGAUCUCAGUUCAACCACUAAAUCUUGUUUCCCCGGUACAGCAAAUUGAUUUUGUUGGAGUGAGGGUAUUCUUGAAAAAAGAUGGCAUGUUGAUAAUUACAAUGUAUAUUCCUCCAGGUCUACCUAUAUCUUGUUAUGAACAAAUGUUUGAAUAUUUGGAAAAUACUGUUGAUUUCUCGGAACCGAUUCUUAUCAUUGGGGAUUUCAAUAUUCCGGAACUUAUUGAAUGUGAAAUAGGUACAAGAACAACUCAAAUGUUUAAUAUUUAUAGCCACUUUUUAUCACUAAACGAUUUGAAACAGAGAAAUAAAGUUUGCAAUAGUUUUUCUAAACUCUUGGACUUAGUGUUGUCAACGGAUUCUUUGGCGUUAGAAGUUUGGAGACAUGAAUAUCCAUUAGUUGAUGAAGACGCACAUCACCCUUGCUUAAGAAUUGAUGUAACUACACAGGGGGAGCCAGAUGUGAUGUUUCAAAGACAAACAGAUUUUACAAAAUUCAACUUUUAUAAAGCAGAUUUGGAAGGUCUAUAUUUAGCAUUAUCAAUUGCUGACUGGUCAAAAUUACUAAAUUGUGUUGAUGUUGAUGAUGCUUGCAAUAAUCUAUAUAAUACAAUAUAUGGUCUCUUUGAACAAUAUGUACCAUUAGCAAAAUACAAAACGUCAAAAUAUCCGUUGUGGUUCACUAAACAUAUUAUCCAGCUAAUUAAACAGAAGAGUAGGCACUGGAAUAAGUAUCGUAAAACAAAGGCACAGUAUCAUUAUGACAGGGUAAAAUCGUUAAGUACAGAAAUAAGACGUGAAGUAAAAAAGGAAUAUGCAAUGUUCAUCAGGAAUACGGAAAACUCUAUCAAAAAUGACCCGAAGAAAUUUUGGUCAUUUUUUAACGCUAAGAGAAAAUCAACGAGCAUUCCAGGUAGAAUGACACAUGAUGGGAAUGAAUUAACCACAUCAGCGGAUAUUGUGCAAGCGUUUGCUGAUCAAUUUGCCAGUGUCUUUUCAAAUAAUGGUGCUAAUCAUAAAUGUGAUUCCAACUGUGAAAUAAAUGCUACAUUCUGUGAGUUCUGCGAUAAAAGUUGUUGUGCUAGUAAAGAUUUUUGUAACUCCUGUGAUUCUCAUCCUAUAUUGUCAAAAUUUGUCAUCGAUCGUUGUGAUAUACUGAAUUCUGUUAAAAAACUCAAGAGCAACUUUGUAACUGGACCUGACAACAUACCUGCUUUCCUAGUUGUUGAUUGCAUUAAUAGUUUAAUAGAGCCUUUAUUAGAUAUUAUUCCAGAACAGCAUGGUUUUGUGAAAGGUCGGUCAACAAUGACGAACCUUUGUGAAUUUACUCAAUAUGUGUCCAAUGCUUUAGACAGGCGUUUGCAAGUUGAUACUAUUUAUACUGAUCUGUCUAAAGCAUUUGAUACAUCAGUUAUAGUAGGUAGACAACAAUAUGUUGAAUUUGGUGGUCACAAGUCCUCAAUAUUUAAUGUUGGUAGUGGAGUUGCGCAGGGUAGUAACUUAGGCCCAUUGUUAUUUAUACUAUUUUUUAAUGAUGCAAAAGCGUGGCAGAAGCGAACUGCGAUUCCUAGUCGAGCUGCACAAAGGGUACAGGUUUGGAUAGAUUCAGGGGCGGCCGCCGAUGUUGUAACGUUCUCGGCUUCGUGCUAG